AUGGGGAUGGGGCUGGGGAUGGGGCUGGGGCCGGGGUCGGGGUUACGGCUGCGGCUCCUGCUCCUGGCGCUGCUGGCGCCGCCGCCCGCGCCCCGCGCCGCCGCCACCACCACCGCCACCGCCCUGCCCCGCACCGCGCGGCCCUUCCCGGAGGUGCAGGAAAUAGUUCGCCGCUUCUCCCACACGACCGUGUCCAACUACAGCAUCUUGCUGGUGGCCCCACAGCUCCGGACGCUGUACGUAGGAGCUAAGGACGCCAUCUUUGCCUUGUCCCUGGACUCCAUCGACCAACAUGCCAAGAUGAUUGAGUGGAAAGUUCCCGAGCACCAGCGCUUAUCCUGUACCAUGAAGGGGAAGAAAGAGGCCGAGUGUCACAACUACAUCCGCAUCCUGGACUUCGCCAGCGAGAGCCACCUCUUCGUGUGCGGCACUUACGCCUUCGACCCCCAGUGCGGCUUCAUCAACGUGGCCAGUUUCAGCGGCGUGGAGCACCAGGACACUGGCCGGGGCAAGUGCCCCUUCGAGCCCAUGCAGCGCUCAGCAGCCGUCAUGGCUGAUGGUGUCCUGUACGCUGCCACCGUCAACAACUUCCUGGGGACGGAGCCCAUCAUCUCCCGAGCUACGGGGACCUCGGAGGAGCGCAUCCGGACGGAGACCUCAGUGACCUGGCUGAAUGACCCCAACUUCGUGGGCUCCACCUUCCUGAGGGAGAGUGAGAGCGGAGAAGACGACAAGAUCUACUUCUUCUUCACGGAGACGGCCAGAGAGUACGACUUCUACGAGAAGGUGAAGGUGCCGCGUGUGGCCAGAGUCUGCAAGGGGGACCUGGGCGGGCUGAAGACGCUACAGAAGCGCUGGACGACCUUCCUGAAGACACAGCUGAUUUGCUCAGAUCCCAAGACUAGAACCAACUUCAACCUGCUGAAGGAUGUAUUCACCCUGCGCUCGGACAACUGGACAUCCACCAUCUUCUACGGCCUCUUCUCAGCCCACAGGGACGGUGGGGAGGUCUCUGCCGUCUGUGCCUAUAGCAUUCGGGAUGUCCAGAAGUCCAUGAGUGGUCGCUUCAAGGAAUUCAAACGUGACUGUGAGAAGUGGACGAGUGUCAUAGCCAGUGAUGUGCCCGAGCCCCGGCCUGGCACGUGCAUCACCAACAGCAUGAAACUGGCUGGAUUUGGCUCCUCGCUGACCCUGCCCGACCGUGUCCUGACCUUCGUCCGGGAUCACCCGCUCAUGGACCAGCCCGUGCGCCCACUGGAGCAUGCACCGCUGGUGGUGCAACGGGGUGCACCCUACCACCGGGUCGCCGUGCACCGUGUCCGCAGCCUCACAGGCACCGACUACGACGUGCUGUUCCUGGGCACUGAGGAUGGACACCUGCACAAGGCGGUGAAAAUCGGCCCGACAGCUGCCAUCAUCGAGGACCUCACGCUUUUCCCUGAGCCACGGCCUGUGCAGAACCUGCAGCUCCACCAGAGCUGGCUGUAUGUGGGCUCCUCCACGGACGUGAUCCAGGUCAACACCACGGCCUGUGAGCAGUACGGCAGCUGCCAUGACUGCAUCCUGAGUCGCGACCCUGCCUGCGCCUGGAGCCGUGAGCUGGGUGCCUGCGUUGUGCACCAGGGACAGAGCGAGUUACUGCAGGACAUCACAUCUGCCAACAUCUCGGGGCUGUGUCCGAAGGAGAUGGAAGCUGGGCCGGUCAUGGCCGAGGUGCCGGUGUCCCUGGGCGCCCGAGUCGUGCUCCCCUGUGCUCCCCCAUCCGCCUGGUCUGUUUGCACGUGGCAGAGACCCAGCCCAGAUGCCCACGCCUACACCGAGCGCCGUGACGGGCUGGAAUUCACCGUGACGGCUGCAAUGCUGGGGGACUACGUCUGCCAAUGCACGGAGGGCGGUGUUGGUGCCACUGCAGCUUCCUACAGUCUGGUGUGGGGCAGCGGCACAACCAGCGCCUGGCAGGAGACGCGGCGCAGUUACAGCAUCGUGACGGGGCUGGUCUGUUUCCUGCUGGGGCUGGUGCUCGGCUGCGUCGGCUGCUUUUUCCUCGACUGGCGGCGCCGAGAGCGGCAGCAGCGGGAGCUGAUCAACCGGGAGAAGAAUGGGCUGGACCUGAUGCAGUCGAACACGACCAGCUGCAGCCACGAGCCCCACACGCCCAGCUCCCCUGAGGACGAGCGGCAUCCCCUGGCCACCACCAAGAAUGGGAACCUCAACGGCUUCCCCCCGCUCUACAUCAGCGAGUUGGACAAGGACCAGGCCCGCAUCUUCCUGGCUGGGGCCCCCCUGGCCAAGUGCGAUGAGACCUCCAUCUAAUACCCUGUCACCAGGACCCAAGGCCCUGCCGGGCCCCAGCAGCAAAGGGCCCAGUUGCCGGAGAUGCCUCUGGCCAUGCCCUGCUCCCGCUGGGAGCCCCUGAGCACUGCGGAGCCGGGAGCUGCUGGCCAGGCAAUGCCAAGGUGCCAGGAGCCGGGGGCAUUGGUUGUUUUUGCAAGACCUCCAUGUGCAGCCGUUCUCUGACCAGAGAAACCCCCUCUGAGCAGGGUGUCCAGCCCGCCCCCAGCCAUGAACACAUGCGGAGCUGUGUGGCCUGUCCUGUGCUCCUGGCCUCAGGACCGUGCAUGGGACUGCGCUCCUAAGCCCAGCCACGGUCUGCGCCCUGCAGAUGCUUUGAGAAAUUGUGAUUUGUAUCAGCUGAAAUUGGGCUGCAUGGUGACUGACCUGAGCACCAGGGCUCCUCUGGCCACCUGCUGCUGUGUCCAGAGUGGACUCCCCCCGCAACCCUAGGGCCAGGACCCUGCCGUCUCUGCCUCUGAGGCUGGGAUGUGGGAUGUGGCAGCACCCUGCCAAGCAAAUGCCAGGAUGAUGCCAUCAGCCAUGAGCACAAUGCAGCUCAGACCAGGUCUAGGACAGCCUGGGGCACGGACCCACCCUGUGCACAGCACCAGCCUCGCUGGAGCCUGUGGCCUGCGGACAAUGCUGGGCUGGCCCCGCCGUGCCAGAGACUCGCUGGGCCCUUGGUCCCCACGUAUGAUGCUUCAAUGACUGCUUCAGAAGGGGACCCGUGGGGCUGUGCUGGAUGAUGCUGCUGCCCGGUGAACCCAGCACCGCGGGGCUGGUCAGGACACAGACGGGGGUGAGGAUGCUAUCAAAAGCCCGGACUCCCUUACAGCGCCUCCCAGAGCGUCCCCCCGCAGCGACACGCAGUGCUCACAACUGACCUCGCUUGGGCUGCAAACCCGAGCAGCACCUGUGUGUGCAACAGACUCUGGUGCCUGGUUUGUGACACGAACGUGCCCCCCAUCACUGCCACGAGUCACUUCCCGGAGCUGCCCAUGCACGGCAGGGCUGUGCUGUGCUUGCUGUGCUCCUGCUGCAGCCUACGCCUCCAGCCCUGCCCCCUCCCUUCCCCACCCCAGUGCAGUGGGGCCCUCCCUGUCCGUCAGCCCUUGCUGGUGGGGCCUGGCCCCGUGCUGAGCUUUCCCCACUGGCCUCCAUCCCCGCUGGUGUCCACAGCAGAUGGGGAAGGGACGCAGGGGGGGCGUUAUGUGUGGAACGCGUGUCUGGUGCUGCGUCUGCUGUCCAGUGUCUUGCGUUGGAUUACAGAGCUUUUUUAUUUUAUUGUGAUUUAUUAAAAACCGUUGUACAAUAAA